AUGCUGGGUUCAGACGCCGCCACCGCGCAGCCGACGGCCGCCGCCAUCACCGCCGUCGCCGCCGCCGCCGCUGCCGACGAUGACGGCGUGACGCGGACGGAGCACGAGCAGACGGACUGCACGACGGACAUGACGCGCUUCCGUGACGAGCAGAGCGGACAGAAGCGUAAGAAGACGGCGACGAAGGUGACACGCGAGAACGUGCGCACGGCGGUGAGCGACGACGGCAUCGACCACGACCUUCUCCGCAGCAAGUUCGACCGCGUGCUGCCACCUAGCGGCGGCGGGAUGAAGCCAGCGCCACCUGGCGGCGGGAGGAGAAUGCCAGCGCCUCCUGGCGGCGUGGGGAAGCCGACGCCGCUGCUGGAGAGUAACUUACGCAGCAAGGAGUGGUUCGAGGACAUGACGAAGCGACGGGACGAACGCUGGGCAAAGUUCAUGCAGCAGAACAACAAGAACAGUGGAGCAGAGAACAGUGAUAAGAUGUUCUCUAAGUUCUGGGAUGACCAGGCGAACAGUUUUAAGAAGACUAUGGAGCAGACUAAGUGGGGCAUGAACGACGCUCCGGGAGCCGGCAAGUCACGCAGAAGCACGACCAGCACCAGCAGCAGCGCCGACACCGUGGAAGAGAAGAUACCGACGACACCGCCUUCGCCGCCGCUGCCUACAGAGGGCGCUGGCGACGCGGCGGAUGUCGGGGCUGGCGGUACGGUGUCUGAUAACGGCGGGAAGCUGAACGGAGCGCGAAUGACGAGCAUCGUCUGCGAGGGGGGAAGCAGCAGCAGACGCAGCGUGCAGUCCGAGGACAGGUUCACACUGCUAUCAGAGAAUGGCGUCAGCAGCAGACUCAGCAGCGGCUUCGGAUCUCUACAUCCACGGAUGAGCAGAGCUGACUCCGAGACUAGUGACACGCCAUUCUCAGGAAGUCUUUCCUAGACCGAGCAGUCUACUGAGGACAUGCGCAAUAGGGGCAUAACCGUCGGGAAAGCCGGUUGUAAAGAAGACCACCAACUCCUACGCCUUCACCCGGAGCAAGACGUCCUACCAGUGCAGUGUGGGCAGACAAGACGUAUUCGUAUAACCAGGAGCAGACGAACGAGGAGCUAUGAGCACGC